GUUGUCUGUUUCUCACUACCUAGCUCUGGACCAGAUUCCACCUUAACCAUUCUAUUUCUUCAACAUUUGGAAUCCAUUUUCAUUAAUCAAUAUGGAAAACCAAAAUAAACAACACCCACAAAGCAGUGGCAGAGAACCCAUAUCACCAUCGCCGUCACCGGCGAUCCAGUCUUCGGAGUACUAUCAAUCCACUGAUGUACCUACACCACAUGAACUUAUAGUAGUAGACUCUUCACCAGCUCAAACCGAAAGCAGUAGCAGAGGAGAUGUAACACAGUCACCGGUGGAUUCAAAACCCACUAUUAUUCCUGUUUCACCGUCACCAAAUCACUCCAAAAGCUGUAGCAGCGAACAUAUAUCACUCUCACCGACGAUUAAGUCUCCAGAAGAGUCACCGGUUCGGUCAUCAAUUUCCUCUUAUAAUAUUUCACUCACUCAUGUGUCUUCCCCUGGAAAAGAAAAAGCUCCGGAAUACUCACCUGAGAAGCCUCCUCCGGCGUCGGUGAAGGAAGUGUUUAACAAGGAUGUCCGUGAGGAACCGAUGGCGGCAAUAACAAAGACGGAUAAAACCAGAAUUGUCGUGGAAACAGAAAAAAGUUAUGGUCACGGCGGCAGCGGGAGUGAAACUGGGCGGAGGAGGGUGAUUCCGUCCCUGUCGAUAUUAAGAACCGCCAAGAGAGAGAAGAUGGUGAGAAAAGCUGCUUUAGGAUUUAGGGUUCUUGGAUUUUUGUUCAGCUUGGUUUCACUUUCAGUAAUGGCAGCUGAUAGACAUCAGGGUUGGGCUCUUGAUUCAUUUGAACGUUACAAGGAAUUCAGGUACUGCAUGUCAAUCAACGUGAUAGGAUUUGUGUACUCGGGAGUACAGGCUCUAGAUCUGUCUUACAAUCUAGUCACAGGCAAAUAUAUUGGCCGGCAUCGACCAGGGCUCCGGCGUUACUUUGAUUUCACCGUCGAUCAGAUAAUUGCUUAUUUAUUGAUAUCGGCUUCCUCAUCGGCUGCUACUAGAAUUGAUGACUGGCAAUCCAACUGGGGCAAGGACAAGUUCACAAAUAUGGCAACUGCAUCUAUAUCUAUGUCUUUUCUUGCAUUUGUGGCCUUAGCCUCCAGUUCUCUUAUAUCCGGUUAUGCCCUUUUCAACUCCAAAUCUAUAUAGCUUCUACUAAUGGGAUUUAUUUUUCAUAAUCUCUACAGUUACUGAUUUUGUGAAGCAAAAAAGUAAGUGAUGGAAUUAUAGAAACUGUAUACAACUAGUGAUUUCUUGAGAUUUUGUUUGGAGAAUUAGAUAUACGAACAUGGGAUUUUGAUUUUAACAUACUUGAAUGUUUUGAAGUAUAUUACUUGUGUAAUCAAAUAUGUGGAUGUUAGAUUU